AUGGGUGUUGCAGGCAGGACUUUGAGAGUGCUUUUCCGGGGAACGGCCGGUGUUGCGUCGUUUGGACUCGGGUUUGCGGUGUUCGCCAGACCGUGGCCGGACUCGCCCAUGUGGGUGAAGCCGAUGGAGUUGGUGAAGGACGGGCGGGAGGUGCAGGACAGGCGGGUGGAGAAGGAGAGUGGCGGGGCGGCGUUUGCAGACGUGGACCUGUUCCAGAAGUACGCACGGGAUGAGCGGUUUAAGCUGGUGCCCGUCGGGAAGCUGAUUCCAGAGGCACACCGGUACAACCAGGUGUCGCAGGGGUUGAUGGGGCUGGGCCAGCCGGUGAUGCUUGUGGACCGAAAGGCAGGCGAGCUUGUGCUGUUUGGGAAGGCAGACAACACGAACCUGGUCGGGCUGGACGGCAAGAUCCACAACGGGAUUGUCUUGACGCUGCUCGACGAGUCGCUCUGCUUCUGCGGGUUCGACAGGCUCCCCAGCGGGAGGGGCGUCACGGCGAACUUGAAGGUGAACUUCCAGGAGAAGCUUGCUCCGGGCUCGAGCUUUGUCCUCACGGCCAAGGUGGACCAGGCCCGGGGCCGGAAGGUGAAGAUCGACGGCAAGCUCGAGGUGCUUUCGGGGCGGGGCGCCGCCGGACCCACCGUGGCGGACGCCACGUGUCUACUAGUGGAGCCGAAGUGGUUCAAGUGGCUGAACUGGGUCGACCUGUUCUGA